AUAAAUAAAACCAAAUAUAUUAAUGAAAUGAAUCCAGCGUCAUCACCCAAGUUCAGAUUCCAAAGGCAGAUCUUGAAGGUUUAAUGAUGAUAAACAGUGUAGUUGGCCUAAUUCUUUUGGAAAUAAUACAUUUUCAAACUAAGCUUUUCCUUUUUAUUAGGAUGGGUUUAUGUAAAGCCUUUGUUGAACAAGUUCCUGCUUUACAGUUCUCAGCCAAGGAAGCAACUUGAAGAGAAGCAAAAUAAUCUUUUAUCUGGACCCAUGAAGACCAGGUUUUUCUUAGGUUGUUGCAUCAUCAUGAUUGUGAACUGACAUUGAUGGUGUUGUCUGCCUCCUCUUAUCAUCCCCACAAUAUGCUCUUCCCCUGUUUGUUGUAGCCUACUUGGAACUUCCACAGUUAAUGGUGACAAACAACCAGGAAUCUAGAGUUUCUGCUUCCUAUUGCAGUGAUGACAGGUGCUGAAGAGGAAAAGGGGGAGAAAAGUUUGGUGGGGGGAGUAAAAGAAUAGCAAGUGGGGAUUCCUAGGGUCAGUCUUUCACUGAAAACCAGGAAACAAGCUUAUUUUCUUAUUUUUAAUUUUUCUUAUUAUUAUUAUUUUUUUUUACCUUCUAUCCUGUUAAAGUACAACCCUUUUUAACCGAUUUUGCAGUCUCAAGCACGUGUAAACUCCCAUGCUUUUGCCAUUUGCAUUUUGGCAAUGGGAAAAGUUCCUCCUCCAUCACAUUUUUUUGUAUGAAGGAGAAAUUUUUUAUGCAGUUUGGUCUGUUCAAUAAUGCUUUUAGGAUCUCCAUCGGAAAAAAGCUGCUGUUUUUAAGCUACAAUUUUCUCCCCCACAAAAGACCCUUUGUCUGGUUUGAGUUGAAAAUAUCUUAUACCCAGUUCACCCUGUAAGUUCUUUAAUGUGAGUAUGAAACUUCGAGUGUCAAUGGUGUUUGUGUAGCUAUAUGUGUUUAUUUUUUUUUUUAUUUUUUUUCUCAGUAUCUGUGUAAAGGAUUUUAUGGGUAUUUUAAUUCUGCAUUGGCUAAAGAUUUUUUGCCUUUCAUUUGAUUUUAGUGGGUUAUUUUUUUUCCAAUUCUUUCUUUCCCAUCUCUUUUCAUUUACAUUUAUGUGAUUACUGAGAUUCUGUCGUAGAAUUUAUGAUGGGUUUUUUUCAGUUUCUUCUGAGUUCUGACCUUUAAUUCCUCAUUUGAUUUAUUCUAUCUUAGCCAAAAAUAAAAAAUAAAAAGAGGAAGGCUAGUUCUGAGUAAUGGACGAGAAGGUGGUCCCCAGUCCAUGCUUAACCAUGUCUGAAGAUAAGAGUGAUAGCUUAUAUCCUUUGUAUUUUGGCGUUUCUUGUGCAUUCUUUGCUCUCCGGCUUUUGUCAGAACCUGAUGCUGAAGAUGAGAGAUGGUGUUACAUGCGCAAGAAAAUGCUUCAAGGAAGCGCCCAACUCUUGGGAUUGCUUGUAUGGAGGGUUCAAAGAGAAGAAGUUAAUGGGAAAAACCGCGAGCUUCUGGUUAAGCUUGACAAUGCUGAAAAAGAGAGAGAAGAGUUGAAGAGAAUAAGACGUGAAGAUGCAAAGGCAAAUGAGAAGGUGGUUUGCAUUUUUGCUGCACAAGAGCAGAGCUGGUUCAAUGAAAGGAAAAAACUUAGAAUGCAUAUUGGAGCCCUGAUGAAUGAGUUGAGAGUUGUUGAGAAAAAGAAAGAUGAAGAUAUUUCUGAAUUGAAUGAUAAGUUGAAGGAAAUGGAGCUUUUGGUACAGUCUAAGGAUAAGGCAUUGGAGGAAGAAGAGCAGAAGAGGAAAGAAUUAGAAGAAAAGCUAAUAGAAGCUAAAGGUGUUGCAGAAGAAUUGAGAGAAACAGCAAAACGUGAAUCUCAAGAGCAUUCUUCUGAGAUUUGGAAGCACAAAACUGCAUUCAUUGAGCUUGUGUCAAAUCAAAGGCAGCUUGAAGCUGAAAUGGGCCGAGCACUCAGGCAAGCUGAAGCUAAAAAGAGGGAUCUUGAUUCAGUCCUAAUGCAAAAGGAAGAAUCUGUUCUGAUGGUCCAAAAGCUAUCUUCGGAGAUUGUAAAGAUGCAUAAGGAUUUGGAACAGAAAGACAAGAUUUUGUCCGCAAUGCUUAGGAAAUCCAAGCUGGAUACUGCAGAAAAACAAAUGCUUUUGAAGGAGGUUAAGCUAUCAAAGACAAAGAGGAAGCAAGCUGAGCUGGAAACAGAAAGGUGGAAGGCAGUCUCUCAGUCUAGGCCGGAGAGGCAUUCAUUGAGAAGUAUGUUGGCUAAACAAGCCUCCAAUUCUAAUGCAACAGGUUCAUCUUUUUCACACAUGGGAAAAACUAGAUCUCAUCAACCAAGUGAUUCCCUUCUUGGAUAUGAGCAUCUUGAUUUUAGAAAUGAUCCUGAAGGUUUUUCUUCGCCUGCCGAAAGUGAGUAUACCUACACAGUUCAGAUAAAUGAGGACCUAGCUGAUGUUAAGCAGUUGGAAGGUUGGGUUCGAUCGGAAGCAGAGAAGUAUGCAACUGUACUUGAACAGAGGCAUCACUUAGAAAUAGAAGCUUUUUCGGAACAAUUGAGACUCAAAGAUGAGAAAUUAGAAGCUUUGCGGUGGAGGCUGCUAAGCAUGGAACUAGAAUCAAAGCGGCUGCAGGCCCAUGUUGAGGGACUAAACAAAGAAUUGUCACAAAUGAGACAUAACAACAUGAAGAUGGAAGCCUUGUUAUUGGAGCGCGAAGAAGAAUUAAAUUCCUUGAAGGAGCAGUAUGAAACGCAGUUAAGGUCUCUAAAUUGCCAGAAGAACAACUUAAAUUCAAGUCUACAUGAUUCAGCAGCAGACAAAGAAUCUAUUUGGCCACAAGUCAAGAUUAUAAAGAGACUACCAGGGGAGGAAGAAGAACAAGAAACAAAGAAAAUUUUCAUAGAAAUGUCUCAAGAGGAAGCCACUGAGAAUGAAGAGGGAAUGCCAUCUUUUAACCAGUCCAAAGAUGUAUUAGUACAAUCUCCUGAGAAAGAGUUUGAUGAACAGAAGGAAGUACUCCAUCAAGGCCCUACUGAGAAAGGAAAUGCAAGUCCAGUGGAAAUAGAUGAUGUAGAAAAGUUAGCUUCACCUUCCCAACAGCCCUUAAAUAAGACAAAUAGUUCCCCAUGGAGGAUGGAUCUCCAUGCUCUUGGAGUUUCCUACAAGAUCAAGAGGAUCAAGCAGCAACUUCUUAUGCUUGAGAGGUUGACAGGAAAGCAAGAAAGUGGGGAAGAUAUGGAAAGGAAUGAUGAUGGAGAAAAUGGUAUAAAAGUUUUUCUUUUGUUGAUGUCUUUGCUGAAUAAACAAGUUGGCAGGUACCAGUCCCUCCAAGGGAAAGUCGAUGACCUCUGCAAAAGGAUGCAUGAAAAUGAUUUAGAACUGCACCGAAGAGAUUCUAAUGUAGCAAGAACAAAGGACAAAACCAAAACACUGGAACACUUCCUUGAGGAAACAUUCCAGCUGCAAAGAUAUAUAGUUGCAACUGGACAGAAACUGAUUGAAGUUCAAUCCAAGAUUACUUCUGGAUUUGUUGGGUUGGUUGGAGAGCUAGACAAGUCUGCUGGCUUUGACAUGAAUCGCUUUGCUGAUAGUAUAAAAACUCUUUUCCAGGAAACACAAAGAGGUCUUGAAGUUCGUAUAGCAAGAAUUAUUGGGGAUCUUGAAGGUACCAUGGCUUAUGAUGGAAUGAUACGCUUGAGGAGGUAGUGAUAAACAGAAUAACAUAAGUUCCAAUAAGAGUUCCAAUUUCUUGGUGUGAUUAUAUAGCUUCUACUGAUUCUAUAGUUAAAAUUGUAUAGGCAAAAAUACACGAACAAUCUCAAUGCUAAUAUGCAUAUGUAUAUUUCUGCUAAUCGCAGUAAUAAUCCCAUGAUAUCUUGCUUUUUUUUUC